AUGGAUGAACAUCCAGGCAGUGCUCUCCACUAUGGGCACGUAGGACGAGCUGUCUACCUUCCCGAGGAACAGGACUGGAUAUUUACUCGCUCUUUUGCUAGGCCCCCAUCGAUCCAGUAUACCGGAGUGACCAAGACGACAAUCCCAUCGCCUUUUCCCCCAGCCAAAGCUCGACCAAUACCCAGAGUACCACAGAAGAACCCCAGGAGACUUAUCACAAGCGCCCAUCCCGAUUUGGCGGCGUCGUGGUCCUCCAUUCGCGCUGAACCUUUGUCGAAAGCUGUUACGACAAUAACCGAGAAAUAUGACCCGGAGAUAUCUGAGCUUUUCGAUGUCGGUUAUGCGGUGGACCAAAGACGUCAUGACAAGAGGCUACGCUCAGUUCCAAUUGCGGUGGCUGUUACCGGAGAAUCUCGUAAUAUAAUCUCAUUCCGAACACUGGAAGAGGAAAUUUUGGAGUUGACUUCUCCACAGAAGUUAGCAUUUCGUGCUCCAUCAAUCAGUGAUAUUGAAAUGUCUGAAUGGUCCAACUGUGGUGCACCGGUACGUCAAGUACACUUUGCACGUCCCUUGGAAGAGAAGCCCGUAUUUAUGGCGGCUCGUCUCCACAGAAAGACUACAAUAUUCCGACCUCUUUACCACUGGGAUCCCGUGCCUAUGCACCUCCCGGAAGAUACUGUACUGGGAUCCUCCAAGCCCUUGAAAAACUCUCGGCUGGACGCGAAUCCAAUCGCGGAGGUGUCUGUGUCGCGAACAGGUGGCUUCUCACAUGCCGAUGUGACCUUCAACCCCUGGUAUCAGAGACAAUUCGCUAUUGUAGAUAUCAGAGGCAAGUGGAGUGUCUGGGAGAUCACCGGCAGGCAGCGACUCCAGCAGUCCACUUGGGCUGUCGAGCUUGUCAAGUCAGGCUCGUUGCCCUUGCGGGAUUACAAACGCAAACAUAGUUGUCCUCGGCUUGAUGGCUGGGCAUCUAUCGAGUGGGUCCAUAAUGUCGGAUCGGUAGUUGUCUCCAAUCGACACAAUGUCAUAAUCUAUGCCUUCACCGACGACCAGGCUCCACCACGCACAGUUGAGCUGGGAAUGGCAAAGCAGUCUGAGUGGGUUCUCGCCGUUCAAAGAAACCCACGCAAGCCAUCGCAGUUCGUCGUCUUGACGACAACUCGAAUAUCUUGGUUUGAUGUCGGAGCCCUACUAGCCGAGGAUGAUACAAGUCUUUCUAUAUACCCUCAAGUGUCCUGGAGGCACUUCCGGGAUCCCGAAGACACGACCUUGCGACUUAGCGACAUAGUCGUAUACCAAGAUGUGUAUCUCGUUCUGUAUUCGCAGAUCACCCGCCUGGUACAAGUAUUCCCAUGCCCCUUUAUAUCCGACGAAGAGACCGAGUCUAUAUCUGUACCCGAUCCCGUGGUGCUAGAUGCGCCCCUGAUGGCGGAUAUACCGCCAACUCAACGCGACUCUGUGCUGCGAUUCUCCAGAUUCGUAUUUAGAGAGAUUGCGCACUCUAUUACACCACUCGGUAGGAAUUUCUAUAACGCCCACUUACCAUUGAUCAAGCUUUUCUGGAUGGAUUCCGAUUUUGCCGUCCACGAAUCUACUUUCAAGGGGCCAUAUGGAGAUCCAGACGAGCCGGACUUGUUCCGUGAAAGUAGUGUCUUGCGGUUGAGAAGGCGUUAUGCUCCGACAUCAUACAUCAGACCCACCGAUGACUUUAUUGUUGACGAUUUGGACGAAUCAGCGACAAAGCAAACGAUUGUCCGUCGUUGCAAGCCCAAAAUGGGCCGCAUUGAUAAGAGGUCGGACUUGCAAUGGACCUUGGAUUUAUCUGGCGUCUACAAAAUAGCGACAGGGAACGUGGAAAUUCGUCGGAAAAAGCAAAAGAAGAGACUAAGGCCCAAACCAAGGACACUUGGUGGGUUGAUGGCAAUUCUACAAGGCGAAAUGGAGAAUGAAUCGAAGCGACCUCCAGGCAGGAGCGUGCUUGAUUUGACCGGCAAGAGAAUUUUGGCAGAGGGUCUUGACGAAAGUGCAGAGGAUCUGAAACGACUCAUCUCAGCACUCGUGCCGGAGCACCCGAACCCCGACGCUCAAUGUCGGUAUAUGCUUCUACCAAUCCCAUCCCGAAACGGGAGUUAUGCCAUGCCAGCCAAACUGUCAGGCGAAGCAGACAGGGAUCUUCUAAAUACCUAUGAUCGAAUGGUCGAUGAUUGGAUGUCUACCCUGCCUCACGUCAUCCCCGUGCAGACACGACUCAUGAAGGAGAAACUCAUCCGGGGAGUUGCUGCCGAUCUCAUCCUUUCACGCCUAAUCAAAAUCUCUACCUCAUUGGAUAGCAUCAUACUAUCCAAGCCUGCAGAUCCCGUCGAGGACCGAGCAUAUGAGAAGGCAAAUGAGAAGGCCGCGGCACAGAACAAAUACCUGCAGUCGAGCUACUUCGCAUUAUUAUCAUCACAGAUCCCUACAAGCCAGUCAUCAAUAGCCAGAAGCCGAGUCUCUGGGUCCAAACGGGACCCGAUGCCAGUCGAGCAAUCCAAGUACACCGCAGUCCCAGUCCUCUGUGGCCUCUCGGCAUUCAUCAAAUUCAAAACCCCACGUCCAACAACACGGAAAGUGGAAAACCUCCUCUCUCACUGGCCCGUGGGAACCAAUCCCCAAAACUAUGCAUGGGAGGGAAUCGAAGACGAGGAGACCCGGAAUUCCAAGGCGCGCACAUCCAAGAACAGACGGAAGAAGCGCUCACAGACUCGUGACCAAUCCCUCCCUUCGACUCCGGCAGUCCCUAUGGUCCGAACAUGGGGCAGUCAGCCACUCGCACCUCCCCGACUCAACAUCAGCAGUAGUCAACCCACGAUGGAUGGUGUGUCGAUGACCCAGAUGGAACGGGGAGCUUUUGGUACGCGCGCACUCAAGAAGCCGAAAAAGAAGAAGAAAAGAGAAGCUGGAUUUUAG